UUGACUAUUAUUUUUAUUUUGUUUCGGCUUCUUAUUGUUAAACAACAUUAUUCUCUUCAUAAUUAAUUAGAAUAUGAUUUAGUUAAAUAUUGUUUAAACAUUCGAUUUAGGGUGCUCAAGUAUACCGAUUAAGUAGCUAUAAUGUUUGAAGAGAAUUUAAUAAACGCUGUGCGGAAAUAUCCAUGUUUGUAUGAUAAAAACAACAAAACAUCGGACAAAACUCAACAAAUUAUUAAAAGAUGUUGGAACAAUGUUUCAGCUGAAACAGGUGAGCCCGUUGAAAGAUGCCAAUCCCGCUGGAGAUCACUUCGUGAUCGUUUUGUAAGAGAAAAUAAAAACUAUGUUGAACGAAAUCAGCACAGCAUGUGGAAAUUUAUGGAUGGUUUAGAGUUUCUCAGGGAUUUCAUUGAUACACGAAAAAAAUUGAAAUUAUCUUUGGAACAAAACUCCCAGGACAUAUUACAAACAAAGAAGGAAGAAAAUCACGAUGAGAGUUUGUGCAGCAACAGCAACAAUGAUUUUGAUGAGGAAAUCUCUAAUUCUUCUCUAAAAAGAUCAUGUGAAGAGAGCUUAGAUUUCGAACUUGAAGAUUUUGCAGCUGUUGAGGUUCAAACUCAGCCGAAUUUACCACAUAUUGAAGCGCUGAUUGAAACGCCAAUUAAUGAACCAUCCAUCAGUCAAUCUUUCAAAAAAUCAAUACGCUCAAGAACUCGUACAAGAGACGCUGAAGCAAAGUUUGAUAUGUUGGUUGGUACUCUGAAUGAGUACAUUAAAUGUAGUAUUAAUGACAGAAAGAAAAGGAAACAUGAAGAUUUUUUUGGAUUACUAAAUACCUAUCUUUCUAAAUUACCAGAGAAAGAACAAGAUAAUAUUAAGGCUGAUAUUUUAAUUAUGGUUUUAAGUAAAACGAGACAAACGUAACCGCUUUGUGAGUUUUUCUGUAUUAAUAAAUAUUCAAUUUAAGUUCCAUGUUGGUCUGUAUUAUAGAUUCUGAAGAUUGAACUUAUAUCUAAUUUUAAUGUCAUAUUACUCGCCAUUUCGAAAUAUUAUGUAGGGAGAAACGUUAUUAAAAAAUGAAAUAAACAAUAUGUUCCUAAUGCUUUUUGAA